UACAAAAGGCUCGCUGCAAUUGAAUCAUGGGAGAAUACCAAGAAAGCAGUUGUAGAAGCACGGCUCCAGGAGUAUGAGAAGAAGAAGGCAGAGUAUGUUGAGAAGAUGCAGAACAAGUUAGCUGAAGUCCACAAGAAAGCAGAGGAGAAGAGGGCAGUGAUUGAAGCAACUAAAGGUGAAGAAUACGUUAAGAUUGAGGAAACUGCAAAAACAUACAGAGCCACCGGGUAUACACCAAGGAAGUUCUUCAGUUGCAUAGGAUGCUAA